AGCUUGUAUAGCAGACAAAAUAGAAAAUCGUGAUUAGUGAUGACAGAAUAAAAAUUGUGAUCUUUUUUAAAAAUGAUUUUGUACUGAAUUUGGAUUUUAAUCAUUACAUUAAGACUAAAUUCUCUUUCUAACCAUGAGUUUCCGUCAAAACAAAAAAAGAGCUGGAUAUUCCAGAUGGACUCUCAACAGAAUGGGGAGAAAGAAAGCCUCUGAAUUAGUUAAUAAAUUGUUGAAUCCUGAUUGCGAGACAAUUAACAAAGAAACUACUGUUUUUACUAGAGAAGAAGCUAGAGACAUUACAGUUGAAUCUCCAUUACACGGUGAUACUCAGACAAUAUUGCCUCUUCAAGCAGAAGAUUGUGAACAUCAAGCAAUAAUUCAUGCUGCAGCAGGUAGCGAAACUUCACACCAAGCUUCAGAUAGUGUAUUUCAAGAUAUGUCUAGCAUCCCACCACUGGAAAAGUCAAAUGAAUUAAUAGAUGAUGAAAGUUGGGGAGAUACCGAUAGCAUGAUAGAUGAUGGCAGCUGUGAUGAAAUGGAAGAAGAAGAUUUAGGAUAUCAAGGAAAAACAAAAACUGAUUCAUCGGUAUACCUGCCAUUACUUUGCAUACUCUUCUACCUAAGAGAUCAUUUGACUAAGGCUGCCUUACAGCAUCAUCUCAAAAUAUUGAUGGUGGCUACAAAGACUAGCAUAAGAAAACUAACAAGUGUGCACAACCUGCUAUCAAAAUACCGUCACCUGAAGACAACUAUUAAAAAGACCUUCGUCUGUAGGUUAAAGGAUUGUAAUUCUCACCUUGUGUUGGACGACAAAAAAGUCCCUGUCGAAAAACAACCUUGUGGACACAAAUACACAAAUAAUCGCUCAAGUGACUGCUACAUUCUUCAACUUCCGAUUGCAGAACAGAUUUCUUAUUACAUCAAAACUUAUCAUAAUAAACAGCAAAAAUCAACAAGCCCUUCAGAUGAUCCUGACACUCGCAGCGAUGUUAACUCUGGCGGAAAUUACAGAAGACUACAAGAGGCCGGUGUUAUCGAUGAAAACACCAUUACCACGCAGAUCAAUACUGAUGGAGCUCAAAAGUUUAAAUCUAGCAAGUUCGGAAUUUGGCCUCUGAUGGGGAUAAUCAAUGAAGCAAGUUUCAAGACACGACGAUCCUGCAUUAUACUAUUAGCCCUAUGGUAUGGUAACAAAACCCCUAGAGAUACUCUGCUUGAACAAGCCAUUGAAGAACUGAAUAAGCUUCAAAAACAUGGCAUAGAAGUGAACGGAAUUAUCUACAAAGUACGCGUCUUGAUUAUUUCUACUGAUACUGUCGCUCGUCCACUUGUUCGCAAUUCAACCCAAUUCAACGGCGAGUUUGGAUGCGACUUUUGCCUUCAUCCUGGUGAGCGAGUGCCAAAAGGAAAAGGGAGUGUCCGGGUAUAUCCGCAGCCAAAUUCCUACCCAACCUUCAAGCCAAGAUCCAUGGAACAGCACAAAAAGGAUCUAGAACUGGUUGGUAUGUUGAAAAAUAAACCAGUCCAUGGAAUUGUCGGCCCUAAUCCCUUCCAAAAAUUGGCUGAUUUUGACCAUGUCGAAGCAUACGUCCCGGAGUAUAUGCACUCUUGUUGCCUUGGUGUUUUCAAGAUGUUCAUCAAGCUUUGGACUGAUAAGAAACAUAAGAAGGAAAAAUGGUAUAUAGGUUACUAUCUAGCAUUUAUCAAUGCCCGCCUUUCUCAAGCCAAACCUCCAUAUGAUAUAUCCCGCACCAUUGAUUCACUCAACGAUUUGACUGACUGGAAGGCUUCUAUGUAUCGUACUUUUGUCCUAUACUAUUUCCAUCUGUUAGAGGGUCUCUUACCAUCACCUUUUUUUGAACAUUUCUCAGGCCUCGUUUACGGCAUGUCCCUGUUGUUACAAGAACGUGUGAAUGUGGCUGAUGUUUCUAAAGUAGAGGCUCUGUUUCACAAAUUUGUCAUUGAUUCAGAAAUUCUUUACGGGAUCGAACACAUUGGAAUCAAUAUGCAUUUUUGA